UUAUGUAAACAAUAAGUUAAAAAAAAAGAGGUGUGUAAAUACUUUAUUAUAAAAAAUUUUGGAUUUGAAAAUGUUAAAUCUUUUAACUAUAUGUGGUUUUGCUUUUAUGAUAAAUGUGUUUUUACAUUUUUAUAUUAAGUCAUUUCAAGGCAUUUGUUCAACAGACUAUUGGGAAGAAACAUUUACAUAUGAUGAAAGUAAUAAGCCAAUAGCUAGAAAAGAAGUCUUACUUGCAGGAACAGUGAGAAACAGUCAGCCGUAUCUAAUUAUUGGCAUUCCGACAGUUUACCGAAUCUAUAAUGAUACACCAGCUGUAUAUAUAACAAAGACUUUAGAAUCUCUCAUUACACCUCUUACUAAUCAAGAUAAAAAAACAGUUCAAAUUAUAAUAUUUAUUGCAGACGAAAAUCCUAUUAGAAGAAGAUACUUAUACGAACUUAUAAAAAAUAAUUUUGAAAAGGAACUAUUGGAAGGACUUAUAAACAUCAUUGGAGCACCAAGAAGGUUUUAUUUACCACUUAAUAACAUACCAGUCACUUUAGGUGAUUCAAAAGAGCGUGUAUACUGGCGCUCAAAGCAAUGUCUUGACUAUGUCUUUAUGUUUGAUUAUGUUCACAAUCAGUCCAAGUAUUACAUGCAUAUAGAAGAUGACGUAGUUGCUAAAAGUGAAUACUACGAAAUUGUCAAGCAUAAAAUUUCAUUUAGUGAUAUCCAAAGAGAAUCAUUAUUGCCCUGGAAUCAGAAAAAAGUUUUAAUUAAAAAGGCUUGGGUUGUAAAAAAUUUUUACAUUAGUGGCUUCAUAGGGUGUUUGAUACCUUCAACCUAUUUACAAACUAUGGCAGCAUUUAUAAAGAUAUUAUACUAUGAAGCACCGGUAGAUCUAAUUUACCCACAACUGAUUGAGUUAAUGAAAAUUAAAAUUGAGCAGCAUGAGUCGUUAUUUACACAUAUAGGAUUUCAAAGCUCUUCUUUAGGAACAUAAACAUAAUUUAAUGAUUAUUAAUUUAAAAUUAAACAGAAAAAUUUUCAAUUUUGAUUUUA